AUUUACCUCAAAUAUGCCUGAUAACUUUUUAGCAGUAAAAGAAGUGUAUACAUGUCUAUUGGCAUGUAAUUGCCAAGAACACUUGAGAAAAGUUACAUUCCACUAAGAGUUGUUCGCACUUCAAAUGGAUUAUCUUGCAACUUAGUGGAGAACUAAGUUCAUCUUGCCAUUUCCCUCUUUGUCACCAAAUGGUAAAAGAGGAAAGGAAGUUGAGAGUUCAUGAGAGCUGCAGAAUGCUAGGGUUUGAAGAAUUCAAGAGGGUUCCUAACUCUUCAAUACAAUUUACCAAUCUUGUGAAAAAGGCCUGUAGCAACACAAAGGAAGUAAAGUGAUUUGCAUGCUUUAUGUACAAGGUAACAGUAUCCAUAUUGCUUCCUUGGAUCAAGAAAGAAAAAAUGAUGUGCCACACUGGAGAAAUCCUAAUCAUAACAUCGAACACUUAAAUAAUUUCCAUUAAAGAUGCCCAAAUAAUGACGGGCAAUAUUGGUGACAACUAAUCCUGGAUGAAGUGAAUUUGCAAUUAUAUCUACUCCCUCUUCUUGCUCAAAGAAAAAAACAUCAUGCACAUUUUACAUAGCAUUUUCAAACUACCACAGUGAAGACAGAGAAAGAGCAUAACUGUGACAGAAAUAACAUUAUGUAUAUUUUCACAAGUACAAAAACAUCUAAAUUUGAUGUUGUCAACAGUACAGUUGAAGUACAGCAAGACCAUUUAAAAGGGACAUCCCCAUUCAAAGGGAAUUUACCUGUAAGUGUACAAAUUAUGUAAAUAAAAGCAUAGCAAAACCUAAAAGGUCACAUGUAAUAAAACUAAUGUUAGAUUAGCAUCAUUGUGAUCUCUAUUGACAAAGGUGAAUCACACUCUUAAGUUACAUAAAAACAUAAGCUGAUGAGAACUCCAUAAAAUAAUAAACAUCUAAGGAGGUCCACCUCAGAAAGUACAAUCUUUGCAGCAUAAAAUCUUACUGCU